GCUUCUGAGUACUCCCGACGACAACUCAAAUCAAAGACUGUGAGCCGAAGGCCAGGAGCAGGGGUGGGCCGAGAAAGAAGCAAUGGCCACGAACCGGCUCCGGCGCAAGGUCGCUGCCGACGAGGAUCUACAAGGGCAACAGCCGCUCGAGAGCUUCGUCCAGAUCGGCACGCCCCUCCCGUCGCUGCUCGAUCGAAAGAGGGACCAGAACGAAUUCAAGCCGGCAUGGCAGCAGGAGGUCUACGAUGCCCAAGGCCGGCGCCGCUUCCACGGCGCCUUUACGGGCGGCUUCAGUGCGGGCUACUACAACACCGUCGGCAGCAAAGAAGGAUGGACUCCCAGCGAGUUCCGCAGCAGCAGGGGGAACAGAAAGGAGGAGCGCAAGCAGAUGGGCGUCGAGGAUUUCAUGGACGAAGAGGACCUCGAGGACUUUAGAAAGACGGCGGUGAAGAGUGCGGUGGAGGAGGAGCAGGAUGCUGGAAAGGAUCCGUUGAUGGGCCUCUUUGGCCGAGAUAGCUCCUCGAGCAGCAAAGGUAGCCUCGAUUCCUUGGUCAAGCCUGCGAAGUCUUCGUUGGGGAUUAAGCUGCUGCAGCGGAUGGGGUGGAAGCCGGGUCAGGGGCUCGGUCCGAGGGUCAGCGCAAAGCGGCGCAGGGAGCUCAUGCUGCUAGCAAAGGGUCACGUCGAGUCGAUGCCACCGCAAGAAGUCGACGAGGACGAUGAAGAGGCCGAGAAGCAUAUGUAUGCUCCCCCGGAUACCAGUCUGCCCAUCUUUGAGGAAAAGAAGGACACCAGAGGCCUUGGAUGGGAUGGCCCUUCAGGUUCACAGGCAAGCGUGUCAGCCAUGGCGAGCAUGAACGAUGCUCUCAGACGUGCGAGAGAAGAAGAGAAGGGAAAGAAGGCCGGAGGGGGCUUUGGGAUAGGGGCGCUCGAGUACGACUCGGAUGGUGAAGACCAGGUAUACGAGCAGCCCGAUCGCAUCGAGGAUUCCACUCUCGCAAGAAGGGACGAUGACAGGGUGAUUUUGGGCCCGGCGAGGGGCAAAUCCUUGAAGCAGCCGCCUUCUAAGCCAUCGGCAGGAGCAGCGGCAAUGAUCGAAGGAGACGAGGAGAAUACGUGGCAUGAUGGUCGACCAAUGAUACCCGGGUUCCAGAUCUCUAGAUCACAAUCAUCCAGCCACAGCAGCAAAGACAACGGAGAGGAGUGGUUCGAACCGCCGAAGGUGCCGGCAGGAUGGACGCCAGAUCCUCAACGCGUCUGGGCAAAAGUCCAGCAACAUGGGCAGGAGCACGGGCAAACGAGCAAGCCCAAUCUGGCACCAGAAGACCGGGCAAAGAUGCUGGGCGAAGCUAGAAUCCCUGGCCCACCCCCAUCGAUCCUCGACUACCUGUCGAAAAAGGACCAGGAGCGAAUGGAGGCUGUUUCUGCCAAGCUUCCUUCGUCGCCUUCCGCUGUCCAUGCCGCUGAAGAGGAUAAGCAGCUCCCUACACUAGAUUUCCAGACGGCAAAGGCUGCGCUCCUGGGAUACAUGCCGUUCUCAAACGACGACGCGAAACAGGCACGGUACCGAUCCUACCUCGAGUCUCAACGUGAUCGCCUCCCAUCUUCGACAUUGAUGCAAAUGCUCCUGAGCCAGGGAGGGAGAAGCGAACAAGACAUUCGCAACGAGAUCAACGAAUUUCAAAAGAGUGCCCAAAUCUUCAGGCCAAUGGCAUCUGCCAUGGCGUCGCGCUUUUCGAGCAGCAGCAUGGCCAGCAAUGAGCUGCCAAGGGUCGAGCCUGGCCUCUACAAGCCAUCGGCCGCCAAGAAGCCAGAGUCGGAAGCAGCAACGAACGGCACUGCAAGUCCUCAUCCUGGACCACCACCGAAGCGAGAUGCGGAGGAGAAGAAUCUGACGGCAGAACAGAUCCAUGCGCGCCGAGGCGAUUUUGGGCUGGGAAAGACGAGGGUCGUGAAGCGAUUUCUUGCGGACAAGCUGCUCUUUCGUCGCUUUGGCCUACCCGAUCCUUUUGCACAAGAGAGACGUAUGAUGGAGGCGAACAAGGAAGAUGCGAACUUGGACAUUCCAUCGAGGGCAGAUUCUGGAGCGGGAAAGAAAGGAUCACGGAUUAAUGAGAAGUGGGAGGAGAGCAGGCGAGAGCUGCAGAGGAUGGCUGAUCAGCGCACAUGGGAGUCGUCGUCGUCGUCGUCAUCGACUCAGCGGCCAGAGGUCGGUGCGCAGGACGCCGAGCAGAAGCGCCAAGAAGAGGAAGAACGGCAAGCAGGGAAGCCAAAGACUCUAGGCAAUGUUGGUAUGGGUGAGGAUGAGGAGCAGGGUAGAGACACGGAAACAUACGUGAAGCUCUCGAUGGACAUCUUCAAGGCCGUCUUUGCAGAUGAUGACGACGAUGAGGAAGAGGAUGACGGCGAACUUGAACCUGUGCCUCUCGCCCAAGAGGAUGCGAAAAGCAAGGCGUCGGGUGCCCAGGAGAGGUCGACGGAGAGAGGCGUCGAGGGUCCCGACACAGACGCAGCAUCGUUCCGACCCACCUUUGUUCCGCGGUCCAAGCGUCUCAAGGACGAAGACGAGCGUGAAGAAGAGCAAAUGGCGAAGAAGAACAAAAAAGAAAAGAAGAGGGACAAGAAGCCGAAGCAAAAGGGUCUCUUGACGUUCAGCAUGGAUGGCGACGAGGACGAAGAGGCCGUUGUGAAGGCUCCACAGACCAAGGGAAACAAUGGCACCGAGAAGAAACAGAGACCACGAGCUUCGGACCUGUUUCAAUAAUUAUGUACAAUGUAGACGGUGUGGUGGCAGUACAACAAUGACGAAGCUUGUACA